ACCAUAUAUUAGCAGAGUUGAACUUUUGUGUGUACACAUCUUAUUAGAUACCAGGCAAUGGAGUGUCCUUAUGCCAUAGUCACAGAAAAAGUUCCAGUCCCAGGCAGCAGCAUCUUUGACAUUAAUGUAAAUUAAUGAAGAUACCACACUUAGUCAUUACUUUGUGCAAAGAUUAUGUUUCUUACCUUUUCUUAUUAAUGUUCUUUCGGGGCUAAAUUCUCUUCCCUGCUUAGUACCUAGCUUUGACUGUGACCAUCUUCAUUUUUCUUCCUGGUGUUUUCUUUCUGCAAGUUUCUCAGUCAGUCUUCACUCUCCUGGAGUGAAGAUUCUGCCUCCAAAGCUUUAGAGUCCCUCUUUUUCUCCCAGCAGUUAAAGGGUUUGGUUUCUCUGUCCCAAGGUCUUCUUACAUCUCCUCACUCCUCCCUCUCCCCCCUGCUGCCUGCAGGUAUUCUUCUUCUGCCCAAUCUGUUUCCUCUUGGACUGCUUAUUCUUAACAGGACCUUAUCCCUUUUUGUCCUCAUGGAGGAUUUCCCUUUUUCUGCAGAUUCCUUUUGCUCUGCCCUUAGCUGACACUGGAUAAUUCUUCUUCCCAAUUCUGAUCACAAGAAGCUCUUUUUCAAAGCCACGGCAAGCAAAGUGGAAGCUUCUAGCCCCAGAAGGACAGAAGGUACUGCUAGAAGCGUGGUCUUUUUCAAGAGAAUGAAUAGCUGCAGAUGAAGAAAAAAAGCCCAGCAAUAUUGUCCAUUUUCUUCAGGCUACUUUCCAAUGUGUUUAGUGCAACUGAGGGGAACUGGCCAGUCUCUGGAUACAGCAGGCUGACCUGCUCCGGGACACCUUUCUGGGGCUUAGCUGUGUGUUUGAGGUGGCAGAACUGCUUCAUUCUGCUUUCAGCAGAGCAGCAAAAAUUGAACUAGCUUUCCUUCACCACUUUAUUGGUCCAUCUGGGCUUAGAGAGGAUUGCCAAAUUAGCAGAGCUUGUGAAAGGUGCCAUAAUCCUCCUCUGACGACCCCUGUGAUCCUUCAGCAGUCCAGGAAGGCAACAUGACUUAAUCUGCAGACGAUCUCUCUUAUUAGAUCCCCAGCAACGGCUGUGCCGCUGCCUGGCUGGCUGGCUCAGUGUAUCCUGUGGGGAAUUUGUAGCAUCCAGCCGCUGGCAUCUUCUCCUGGCGGAAGCUCAACCAUUUGAAAAGAAGGGGAGGAAAAAAAAAAAAAAAAAAAAAAAACACCACGAUCAGGAGGCUUGCACAUGCUGUUCUCUGCCUCCUCGCCUGGGUGUUUUGCUGAAGGACUGGGACAUCUGCACAGAAGGGAGAGAAGCAGCUGCUGCAGCUUGCCCUGUUUGGGGCUGAAGUUCCUCCAGUGCUGCGGGGGUUUGAGUGUGGGGAGGCGAGCAGCGAGGACAGGCUCGCACUGCCCGGAGCAUACACAAACGGACUUGAUUAAAAUAUUUCCAGCCUAAUGGCCUCUGGCAUAAACAAGCUUCAUCAGCCCGGGACUUGCAAUGGAUCUAAAGCCCUUCACAGCAGCUCGGCGGAAGGAUGCAAUAAGGAAAUUCACAUGAAAAUGUGCAAGAAGAUUGCCCAGCUCACCAAGGUGAUAUAUGCCCUGAACACUAAGAAUGAUGAACACGAGGCUAGUAUACAGGCUCUGAGAGAUGCUCAUGAAGAAGAAAUUCAACACAUUCUUGCUGAGACAAGGGAAACAAUUCUCCAGUAUAAAAGCAAAGCUGAAGAAGAACAAUUGCUGAGGAAACAUAUUCAAGCCCUUGAAAUUGCAGUAGAACAACAUAAGAGACUAAAGGAAGAAGCCUUGGCAGAGUUAAUAUUGUGCAAGCAGCAGGUGGAAGAGAGGGAACUGAGGACAGAAGUACAACAGGCACAGAUGGUCCUUUCCACAGACACAGUAGAUACUAAUGCAGACUUUGAAAACAAACUUCUGCAUUUAAAUCGUGAGUCUCAAGGACUGAUGAAUGAAUGUAAAGCAUCUAGGAGACAAAACUUAGAUAGAAAAGAAAUUUUAGAUGAAAAAUACAAUGUGGAAGGACAAGCUGUAGUAAAUGAGAUGGAAAACCUGGAGAGUGAGAACCAGAGAGCAAUUAAAGAAUAUACCCAGAAAACAAGCCAGCUGCAAGCUUCCUGUGAGAGAGAAAAAGAGACUUUGAAAAAGUCUAUGCAGCAAUCCAUGGCAGAAACAAAGAAUUGUCAGCAAAGAGAAAUGGAGCAAAGGAAGAGCCCGGAGGCUAAGGAAGGUUUUUUGCUGCAGCAAGUAAAGAAGCUGGAGGCAGACCUAGAGGAGAAAAGCCAGAAGAUAAAUGAGAGGAAGAAGCAUUCCCAGAAGCUGAAAGAGAGAAUACAGGAGCUCCAGACACAGCUAGAUGAAUUUAAAAAAAACUCUGAGCAUGAAAUAAAGCAACUAGAGAAAGAGAAAGAAGCCCUAACUGUGAAACUUCAAAACUCUUCACUUGAGGUGGCUCAGCUGAAGCAAAUAUUAGACCAACAAGCAAAUAAUUUCAAGGAGUCAUUGAAGAAGCAUAAUCUACAGUCCAACAAAGAAAAAGAGAAGCUUUUGCAGGAUCUUCAAAGCACCAUUAAAGAAAACCAGAAUGUUAAACUGCAACUGGAGGCAUCACAUCAAAAAGUCUUAAAAAUGUUGGAGAAAAGCAAAAAACAGGAACUCAAGGAGGCAGAAGAGCGUUUGAAAAAGGAAUUUAAUGAGACUUUCAAAAUCCAACAUCAGUCUCAUAGGCUGGAAAUGCAAACCUUGGAAGAGAAAGCAAAGAAAGAAUUACAUGAUGAACUCGAGCAGAUACAGAAGCAGCAAACUCUAUUGCUAGUCUGGUUGUUACUAGGAUCUCUAAGGAUGGAACUUUCCGAGCAGCAGACAUCGUGCACUAAUCUCAAAAAACAAAUAGAAGAGCUCCAAAUGGAGCUGAAGAGUGUGAGGACACUGAAGAAGCAACAGGAAGGAAGUAGCCAGAGCCAGAUCAGAUCUCUUCACGGUGAACUGGAAAAAUGUCAGAGUGAAAUUUCUGAGCUCAAGAAAGAGAAUUUACUUUUGAAGGACACAAUGGAACUACUCAGAGCUGAGUUGGAGUCACAGAAGCAAGAAGCUGCACAGCUUCAGGACAGGGAGAAACAGCUCAAAAGACUUAAGGAAUUAGAAGAAAAGACAAGAAAGCAGGAGUCCAGACCAGAAGAUAUACAACUUAUAAGCUGCCUGCAAGAUAAACUAAGUGAGAGAGAAGAGAUUAUUAAGCAGCUGGUGGAAGGAAGAAAAUUUCACCAUUCACUUUUAGCCAAUGCUGAAUCUUACAGGAAUCGAUCAUUUUCUUUCAACCCUAAUCAAGGAUGCUUGACUCCUUCUACAAAGCAGAAGAGACCAGUGGAGGUGCCCAGCCGUGUUGUCAGUGUUCCAAAUUUAGCUUCCUAUGCAAAGAGCCUUUUGAGCUGUGACUUGAGAUCAAAAAGAAGUGCUCCUCAAAUAACAAAGUCUACAAGCUUAGACCGGAGUCCUGGCUGCCUCAGAGUGGGCUCUCCACCAGCACAGACCUCCGACAGCAGUGCUGCCACAAGGACACACGGCAAUGAACCACCACAAGCUAAAGAUGACCAAACCCAAGACCCUCAGCAUCAAGAAUGGUUUACUAAAUAUUUUUCAUUUUAAAGCAAGUUUACUUACUCCUCAGAAUUACUAGAAAAGCUGUUUCUGUUUUCUCCUAGGGAAUGAUAAUGCAAUAUGUGAUUUAUGAAAAAAAAUCCAACAUGAUUUCCAAGUAAAUAAUUAGGAACAACUGUGCUUAUAUCAAAUUAAAAUGAAAUUACAGGCAUGGAUUUCAGUAAAAUGCAUUUUUUAACAAUCUCUGUGAAAAAAAAAAAAAAGAAAAAAAAAAAUCUGCAUUUUGUUACGUGAAAAGACUUUUUAUUCAAGAGAAUGUACCACUCCACAAUUACAUGAAAUAUGCAAUUUGUUCUCUGAGAUGUCCUGUCAGAGGGACCCCAACUGAAGACGUUACUUACGUACUUCCUGUAGGCUAUAUACUUGCUUCAUCAGCUGCUUAAAAUCAUUUCUGCAUACAGUAAGGCAAUUUUGUAUUUGUAAGGUUUUUUUUUUUGUUAAAUUUGUUUUAUGCUGUACAGCAUGUGACAUACAACCAAGAGCAGCAUGCUUAUAGCCAUCUGUUUUAGAAACACUUUAUGGUUUGCUUAAUAAACCGUUUUGUAUAGUCAGUAUUGCCAUGUUUUCCUGGUGCACUUCCAACACAUGUAAUGACCAAUCAGCCUAAUAAAUCGGGAUAAUAUGUAAGUAUGAACAUUAAAACUUGCUUGUAAACCAAUGAUUUCCAUGUUUUGCAAAAUAGUGUUAUGAUAAAGUGUGAGACUGAUAUACUCAGAGGUUCCAGAUUUAUGGGAGCUGCAUGUUUGCAAUUUUGUACGAUCAAUAUUGUUCUCAUGCCCACUGAAAUGAAAAGUAGGUGGAUGACUAAAUUUAUGAAAUCAUGCCAACCAACUCAUUGCUGGGGAGGAAAGGUGUUAUUCUUAAAAGAAGGCACCCAUAAAGAAAUUAACUUUCAGAUAGUUCCUCAGCAAACAUGAAAGAAAGGGAACCGCACAACCAGCAGCCUAGUGUUUUAAGAUAGGGUAGCUCCGAUUCAACUGCUGAAGGACUUGAGCCCUGGUUUAGGCCCCAGCUACAUAAGAAAUUUUAUAUAUGCAGAGGCAUACGCCCAUCCUAACACCUCUUAUAUCCAACAGCCAGCAAGUGUUGUACCAACAGAUGCAAGAGCUUACUAUCAAACAGCCACUGUACAUCUCCCAUGGCGAAAAGGUGGCAGAACGGGUACAAUACAGGCCAGUAUUUUUAUCCCAGUUGUCAUAAUAGAUUUAUUUCUGAAGUAAACUGCUGGGUUUGGAAAGAGACUAUGACAUCAGAUUUGGCAAAAAGACAUUUUUAAUACACAUAAUUAAGAGGCGGAUAGUAAACUGGUGCACAGUCAGGAACACUGAGGAGUGCCUUGGCAAUUGUGAGAUCAGAAAUAUACAGGGCUAAGUUUCUCAUCAGAUUUUUCAACCACUGUACCCCAAAAUCUUUUAAAACACGUAAAUUCAAUAUAUAGUCACUAAUUCUAACUUCUAGAGUCACAAUAUCCUAAUUUCUUAACACUGUUCCCAAAAAGGAGCCUCUAACACAUCGUUUUCCUGGCUAUAUGGGUGAAUUAAGCUCAUUGCCUUGUAAUACAGAGACAGAAUUCCUCUGUUACCUCUACCUCCAAACCCUUUUUUUGGCUGUGUUUAUAUUACUAAAUACUGCACCUUGGUAGAAGCUGCUUCUGUAGACUGGAACAGUGCUGACGACCCAACACCCA